UAAGCUUUAGUAUUAUUUGUGUAGACUUAUUAAAAGGUCGAUGAAAGUGAACUACGCGUCAUUAUAAUUCGCACAUUUUACUUCACAUUGAGUAAUAGAUGAUUAAAUUAAACCACAACUAUAUCCAAUGCCGGAGGUAAAUCGCCACUUUGAAGACCGUGUACAUGGUGUGGAUUUUGUUUUGGCUUAUUACAGUAAAGAUCAGCAGGAUGAUCGUACGAAAAAACGAAAAAUAUUUGAGGCGAAUCUGAUUAGAGAAGGCCUGCAACUUGAAUAUGACAAAACUCAAGAUAUUCAUUUCGUUAAGAUACACUCACCUAAGGAAGUACUGUAUCGCUAUGCCGAAGUUCUCAAAAUAAAACUGCCGAUGAAAAGGAUUCCGGGCCAAUCUCAAAUCUAUGAAGAGGACAAUGAAUCCAGUGAUAGUAAAGUUAGUUCUUGUUGGAAAUUGUUUCAACCUAUACAAAAUACUGCUUCGAUAUUGCCGUGUAAACAAAAACGUAUAUAUGCCGAGUUUCAAAUGAAAUAUGAGCAAUUGUUUGAUUGUGAUCAACCAGAUUUCUUUGAUGCCGGCACACGUAUCUUUAUCAUAAAUUUUAUAUUGGAACGACAACAUUUUGUUGAGGGCGAAGAAACUCCCAAUAAUCUUGGGAUUGAGAAACUUUUAAAUGAUAAGGUAUAUGCUAGUGCAUACGCCCUGCAUGAUAAAAGCAAUCGUGAGUUGUUGGUACGCGAAUGGUCUGACUUAGCAAACUGGAAGCACUUUCAACCCCUCGAUGAGAUCAAGGAAUAUUUUGGUGCUAAAGUUGCUAUUUAUUAUGCAUGGCUUGGAUUUUACACUCGAAUGUUGAUUCCUCUUAGUAUUUUUGGAAUACUGUUCUUUCUUUAUGGAUUUAUAACGUGGCACUCUGAUCCCAUUAGCAAGGAAAUAUGUAAUACGAAUAAGACCACCUUAAUGUGCCCUCAGUGUGAUCGAAAUUGCGAUUAUUGGGAACUUAGCAAAAUCUGUAAAACUUCAAAAAUCAACUAUCUGCUUGAUAACAAUAUGACAGUAGUGUUUGCCUUUUUUGUUUCCAUGUGGGCUGUUAUCAAUUUGGAGCUUUGGAAACGUUAUUCAGCAGAUAUAAUACACAGAUGGGGUCUAACGGGUUACACACAAGAUGUGGAGCAUCCACGUCCACAAUAUUUGCAGAAGCUGAGGAAUAAUGUGAAAUUUUCUAAAAAGUUGGAGAAACAAGAUCCUGAAAGUGUAUUUGAGCCCGAAGUACCAUUUUGGUCUAUAAAGUUUUUACCAAGUUUCACAAGCUACAGUAUAGUUGUGCUGUCGAUAUGUGUAUCACUAAUGGCAGUUUUUGCAAUGGUUAUUUAUCGCAUGGCCCAGAAGGCAUCACGAAGUGUUCUAGGCGAUGAAAAUUCCACAACAUACAAAGUAAUGACAUUACCAAUAACUGCAUCGAUCAUUUAUUUUGUGGCUAUAUCUAUACUACAUCAUGCCUACAGCUUUUUGGCUCGUAUUCUUACUAAUUUGGAGUAUUGUCGCACCCAGACGGAAUACGAUGAGAGUCUUACUAUAAAAAUCUAUGUUUUCCAAUUUGUCAAUUACUACUCUUCACUUUUCUAUGUAGCCUUUCUAAAGGGAAAGUUCGUUGGCUAUCCUAUGAAAUAUAAUCGGAUAUUUGGAUUUCGUCAGGAGGAAUGUGCGCCCGGUGGUUGUCUGAUGGAACUGUGCCUACAGCUAGUAGUUAUAAUGGUGGGUAAGCAAUUAGUCUACGCCAUUAUUGAAGUCUCUCUGCCAUAUUUGAUGAGAAUCCUGAAUAAAUGCUUGAAAAACGUAACCAACAUACGUCGCAAUAGCCAGAUGCAGUCUGUAAAAAGUAAUCAAUGGACCGAAGACUAUUAUCUGCAGCCGUGGGCACCACGUAUGCUGUUUGCAGAAUAUUUGGAAAUAGUUAUGCAAUAUGGUUUCAUUAUACUGUUUGGUUUGGCAUUCCCUUUGGCUCCACUUUUAGCUUUGAUCAACAAUAUCUUUGAAAUUCGCACGGACGCAAUGAAAAUGCUUAAAUUUAUACGGAGACCUGUUGCCCAGCGGGCCAAAGAUAUUGGAGUCUGGUUCAGCAUUAUGAUGAUAGUUACGAAAAUAGCAGUCGCAACUAGUGCAGUGAUCAUCGCUUACUCCACAAACCUCAUACCUAAGAUGGUCUAUAGAUUAACCACUCACGAUGACACUCUAAAGGGUUAUCUUAAUUUCACCUUGGCCUAUUUCAACACCAAAGAUUUUCUAAUUCCACCCGUAUUGGGGGAUUCCAAAUACGGCGAAGUUACAACAUGCCGGUAUACGGAAUUUAGAAAUCCACCUGACGAUACACAUCCAUAUAAAAGGCCUAUGGUCUAUUGGAAGAUAUUUAUGGCACGUUUGGCAUUCAUUGUGAUCUACCAGAAUGUCAUUGGAAUAAUACAGACUGUUAUUGCAUGGGCUAUACCCGAUGUUUCAGCCAAGCUUGUGAAACGUAUAAAAAGAGAGAACUUUUUGCUACGUGAAUACAUUAUUGAGUAUGAGAAGCGACAGGUAAUGAUGGAGCAGGCGGAGGGCAUUGCUGAUUUGCUGGAAGUUUUACAAGAUGACAGCGACACUUAAACGAACAUCUAGAGAAAGUGGAAUCAGGAGACAACGAACACCGUUUCAGUUCAACCGAAAUUUUGGUUGAUUGACAAAAGAUCCUAUUCUUUUUCAUAUGUUCCUUUUUAGUUUAACUUAUCAAAAUACAUCAACGUUUCAUUUAAAUUCUUUAAUAAUUACAACAUAAUUUAUGUUAUGUUAUAUUUAAAUUCGAAUAUUAAAUAUGUAUGUUAAUAUGUAGGUCAACCAUUGAUCUGUCAUGAUGUAAUAUAGACGAAUAUUUUAAUUUGCUUUAA